UUUUAUUUUUAUAUCGUAUGUUACAUACUUACUUUGAAAAUGAUACGACAGCUGCUGCUGCAACUUCUCACGUUGGCAAUGGAAAUCGCUAGCAUCUAUGGAUCCUGCAGCGUUACAAGGAUCAUCAUGCGUGUGCCCCGCGAUCGUGAUGUUGGACUAAUCUUUGAUCUGACUGUGUCCAAUCCCAAGGCGCAAAAGUCCGAAAUGUUGGGCUUUACCGUCACUUCCGAUGGCAUUUGCACCUUGAAUACAUCGAGAGGUGAACAGUUGUUGGCUGGCAGCAUUUUUGGCGGCGACUUUGGCUACAUCGAAUCGGGCAGCAGCAUAACCGUCUCCCUGAUGUGGCCUACUGUGUCGCUAUACAAUCGCGUUGGCAGCUGCCCCAUCUUGGUGAGCAGCGUGAAUCACAAGAAAGAGGUGAAUAGAACGAAUCAGAUUCUGCACUUUGAUACCCGCUUUGAGACAUUGGAUCCUGGCAAUCAUUCGCUGCGGCGUCGCAAGGAUUUUACCGAUUGCAAGAACUGGGACCAAAACUAUUUUCGCAAUUGCACGCCCCUAAACUGUGAGGAACUCUACUUUGGCAAGCGCAGCUUUUACAAUCGCACAAGUGAGCAAUGCGAAGCAGUUCCAGCGUGUAUUGGCGAUGGCAUCCAAUAUGAUUUCUAUGCCAACGAGUGUGUGGACGUCAAUAAUUUUAUAACUGAGGACGAGAUUGAUCAGUUGAAACAGGGGAAAUUUGAUAAUAAUUAUAUGGAGCUGCAAGAAUAUGAAGCGAGCAGAGCGAAUAAACAAAUGCAAGAGCAACAAAAUACAAACACUGCACCAAAUAGAAGAAAAGAAAUAAAGGAAUGCAACUUUGAAACAAAACUGUCCCUGAUCGAUUUCAACAAUUGCUUUCAGCACUUAAAUAACCCGAAAACAAAUGAAUACAUAAAAGUUGAUGAUUAUCGAACGACGGGAAAGAAAGUAAGCAAAAAAUUAACGAUGACUUCCAUAUUAAAGAACUUUUAUUACGAUUGGUAUUCGCCAUUGAAUAAAGAACAUGAUCACGACAAUGAGAAUGAAAGCGAUCUUGAAAAUAUAGGCCCAAAUUCAACAACAAAUUCAGAAGCAGCAGAACUAUACUGGGCUAAGAUGAGUAAUCUAGGACCAAUUGGAUGGCUCAGUUUAAUAAUGGAGAUGCUGCUCAUUAUCUCAUUGGUCAUUGUAUUUCAGAUUUUAGCCACUGUAUUCACAUAUACAGUUGUGUGUUUUACCCUCUAUUGCCUCAUGGAACUUAUUGCAAUGAUGAAACCAUACGAAGUGAGCAGUGUCCAUAUUGGUAAAAAGUUGACGCCUCGAAAGAAACGAGAAGAACUAGAAGUUAUGACCUCAGCAAGCUUGAUGUCCCAGACAAGAUGAAAUCUCCAAUUUAAAUAUUUUUUUUUUUUAUAUUAUCUUUUACAAUUGACAAUGAAAAAUGAA